AUGUCUGAUUUAGAAUUCGAAAGAAUUUACCUCAACCAAUCCAUCGCCUCUGGUAGAGUGCGUAUUGCAGCUUCAGGGCUUGGUUGGAAAUCGAAGGAGAAGAAGCCAUUUUUGUUGCCAUCUUCUAGCAUAAUAAGUGCCCAAUGGAGUCGUGCAUCCAAAGGUUACGAACUUCGUUUGCAAACUAGAGACAAUGAAGUGGUGAUGCUUGAUGGGUUUGACCAGAGUAAUUUCAACCAAUUGAGGAACGAGUUGAAGAGACAUUUGAAUAUCGAUUUAGAACAAAGAGACCAUAUUCUUAGAGGUUGGAAUUGGGGGACCACUACCAUGGCGAGAAGUGAAUUGAUUUUCAAUAUUAAUAAUAGACCGGACUUUGAGUUACCUUACAAGACUAUCAAUAAUACCAAUUUGACCGGGAAAAAUGAAGUAACGGUGGAAUUCAGACCAGAUGAUGAAGGGGAUAAAGAAGGGGACGAAUUGGUAGAAAUGAGAUUUUACGUUCCGGGAACCGUUGCCGUGAAAGAGGACGAUGGCGAAGAUACUAAAAAGGGUGAGGAAGAUGAAGAUGCGGAAAAGGGCGAGGAAGAACAAAGUGCUGCUACCCACUUCUACGAACAAUUGAAGGAGAAGGCUAGUAUUGGCCAAGUUUCUGGUGACGCUAUUGUUUCAUUCUCGGAUGUAUUCUUCUUGACCCCAAGAGGUCGUUACGAUCUUGACAUGUAUGCAUCUUCUUUGAGAUUGAGAGGGAAAACUUAUGAUAAUAAAGUGCAAUUUAGAGCCAUUGAAAGAAUAUUUUCUUUGCCUAAACCUGAUGAUGUUCAUCAUUUAGUGGUGGUUCAAGUCGAUCCACCAUUGACCCAAGGUCAAACAAGAUAUUCUUUCUUGACCAUGCAAUUCCCAAGAGAAGAAUUGAUGGAUGUUGAAUUGAACAUUCCGGAAGAAGAAUACGAUGCCAAAUAUAAAGACAAAUUGAAGAGAUCUUUUGAGGAUGAAAAGACCCAUACUGUUAUUUCUCAGUGUUUCAAAGGAUUAACCGAUAGAAGAAUCACCAUUCCAUCUUCUUUUGUAUCUAAACAUGGUCAGGUUGCAGUUUCGUGUUCAUUGAAGGCUUCUGAAGGUUACUUGUACUUUUUGGACAAAUGCAUUUUGUUUGUUAUCAAGCCUACUGUGUAUAUUCCUUUCUCAGAGGUUGCGUCAGUGCAAUUGUCGAGAAUUGGUCAAUCAUCUACUGUAUCCAAGACUUUUGAUUUGGAGGUUAAUUUCCGUAACGGCAGCAGCCAGGUUUUUGGUAAUAUUGCCAGAGAUGAGCAGCAAAAUAUCAAUAGUUUCUUAGUCGAGAAGGGCAUUAAGGUGAAGAAUGAAGAAGAAGAAGGCAAAAAGAUGUUGAAUGCCGCGUUGGGUGACGAUAGUGGUAGUGAUGCUGGCCCAGGAGAUGUUGACGAUGACGAUGAUGAUGAAAGUGAGGAUGAAGAUUUCAACGAAGAAGACGUUUCUGAUGACGAUGUUCCAGAAGAAUUCGAUAGUGGUCAUGAAGAUAGUGGGUCUGAAUCUGAAUCUGAUUCUGACAAGCCAGCAAAGAAGAAGGCUAAAAAAUGA